AUGGCAUUGCUGACAAAAACUCCAGUGAAUAAUGCUACAGAAGGUGAAGAUGACACGUUUGAAAAUGCUCAUGGAACUGUUAUGAUUCUUGCAUGGAUGGUUUUUGCAUCAACAGCUGUUCUAUUUGCACGAUAUGGUCGUAGGUUACGGUUUGGCUCGAAUGACGAAUUGUUUGGUGAAAAAAUAUGGUUUCAAGUGCAUCGUUUGAUCGCUUGCUUGACCACAGUAUUAACUCUGUUAGGGUUUUUCUUCAUUUUGGUUUUUGCAGCAGGUGGAUGGGUAGAAUCAGACGAACAGCCUGCAUUCCCACAUUCAGUUCUUGGUGGUAUCAUUGUCUGUUGUGCACUUUUACAAGCAUGGAUGGCACUUUUUCGUUGUCACCCAGACGGCUCCUUUCGUGUCAUCUUCAAUUGGCUUCAUAGAUUAACUGGGCUAUUGGCUUUUUUUCUUUCGGUACCAACUAUAUUUCUUAUCAUUUCACAGCCAGGUGACACUCGGGCUGGCAUGAUUGUCAUUCUUUCACUAUGGUCUGUGUGGGUGGUUUUAAUUGUUAUUGUUUUAGAAAUCAUUCGAUUUCGUAUUCAAAGAUCAGCGCCAGAAGAAGUGGAUGGAAAAGAUAGAACUGAAUUAUAUGAUAUUAAUGGACCACCAAUGAUGAAUAGUGACAUAAAAGAUAAUAGUGAUGCGUCAGCAUGGAAUAAACGUAUACUAGCUUUGUUUCUGCUGCAUUUUAUUGUUUCAAUUGCUCUCGCUAUCCCACUAAUUUCUCUCGUCUGGCAAUAG